AUGCGAUUCUGCAAAGCACUCGGCCUUCUGGCCUCUCUCCAGCCGGCCAUUGCAAGCUCCCUGAUUGACUUCUCUGCAGCCCGGGGUGACAAUCCGUCAAUGCUUGGGACGAAGAAUCUACAGGCAGAUCGCGAGAACACUAUCACCCCCGACCCGGCUGAUCUGUUCAUCAAGCUGGGGACCGAUCCUCAUGGGACUCCCGCAUUGCAUUUCCAUCGCAUCAAGGACUACAUUCGUGCGGAAUAUCACACCCUUGUGAACAAAAUCGAGGCCGAUAAAACCUACUACAUCGGAUACAAGUUCAAUCUAGGCGCCAUUGAGAAUGAUCUGAUGGUCUUUCAAUUCAAGGCGUACUCGGGGAACACCGCAGAGGGCGGGAAUGCCAAUAUCCCCCUCUCCCUAGAAUUCAAGCAAGGAAUGCUGAACUUCCGCUACCAGAAUGGGUACUCGGGCAAGCGCGAGACCCAGUGGUCUGCCACCCUUAAGACAGACACCGUCUACUCGUUCGGUAUCGUGAUCAACACGGGCAGCCCCGGCUGGGCUGAACUGUACUUCAACGGCGAGAAGCAAACCUUUGCAACGACAGGCACCACCCGGUUAGAAGCCAAUACCUUCCUGGGCCGCAACGAGCCCAAGUUUGGCGCGUACCGUGGAGAGGCAAUCGGCAUCGACAAUUAUGUCUACAACAUCCAGAUUGGAACCGAGUUGAGUGACAUUACCGAGGCCGCUGGCUUGGGAGGAACUGGGUCUACCUGUAGCUGGGAAGGUCACUGCGAAGGUGCCACCUGCUCUACUCAAGAUGACUGCUCUGAUGACUUGACGUGUAAGGAAGGAGUCUGUACGUCCGGCUGCUCGUGGGCUGGUCACUGCGCCGGUGCUUCAUGUAGCUCUCAUGAUGAUUGCUCCGAUAAUUUGGCUUGCAUCAACGCAGUGUGCGCGGCAGAGUGA